AGGGAACUGAGGCCCCGAGAAGCGAGGUGACUUUCCCCGGGUCUUUCUGUUAAAGGCAGAAAGAGGCCGGGGGCUGGGGGUCGCAGGGGACCCCACAGGGCACCCCCCGGACUAGUCUGGAAUGGAGGGGAGAAGCGAAGAACCCCCCAACUCUCCAGAAGGGAAGACGCUGAGGGCUGCCCGUACCCGUCCUCAGUCUACCCCGCCACCCUCCUCCUCCUCGUCUUCUUCCUCCUCUUUUUUACGGUAUUUCUUAAGUCCCGCCUACGUCGGUCCAAGCAGCAGGCGUGGGGAAGCACCCGAGAUGGCGAAGGACGACGGGUCGGUCCGCUGCCUCCAAGGCCUGCUGGUGUUCGGGAACGUGGUCAUCGCGAUGAGCGGGCUGGCUCUGAUGGCGGAGUGCAUCUUCUUCGUGACGGACCCGUGGCGGCUGUACGGGCUGCUGGAAGCCACGGACAACGACGACGUCUUCGCCGCCGCCUGGAUCGGAAUCUUCACCGGCUUCUCCCUGUUCUGCCUGGCCGCCCUCGGCGUCGUGGCUGUCCUCAGGGCCGGCCGCAAGCUGCUCUUGGCGUACCUCAUCCUGAUGUUCGUGGUGUACGCGUUCGAGAUGGCGUCCUGCAUCACGGCUGCCACACAGCAGGACUUUUUCACGCCCAACCUCUUCCUGAGGCAGAUGCUGGAAAGGUACCAGAACCAGAGCGGCCCGACCAACGACGACCAGUACAAGAACAAGAAGGUCACCGACACGUGGGAUCGCCUCAUGCUCCAGGAAAAGUGCUGCGGAGUGAACGGCCCCUCGGACUGGCAGGACUACCACUCGGCCUUCCGCCGCACGCACCUGGACGCCGACUUCCCCUGGCCGCACCAGUGCUGCGCCCGGGACGGGCAGUACCGCCCGCUCAGCCUCGACGGGUGCAAGCUGGGGGUCGCCGACUACUAUCACGAGGAGGGCUGUUACCAGCUGAUCUCCGGCCCGCUGAACCGACAGGCCUGGGGCGUGGCCUGGUUUGGCUUCGCCAUUCUCUGCUGGACGUUCUGCGUGCUCUUGGGCGUCAUGUUCUACUGGAGCCGGAUUGAGCCGUGAAGACCGGCAAGGGGGCCCGGACCGAGACCGUCCGGACAGCCGCCCCCCGCCUCCCCCAGUGACCCCCCCCAAACCCUCUCAAGCCCCGGGGCCGCUUUCGUCCCUAAAGGACUGUGGUAUCUGUUAAGGCGCUUACUACGUGCCAGGCACCGUUCUAAGCUCUAGGGCAGUUACACGUUCAUCAGGACGGACACUCGAAGCACUUUCUUUUUAUGGUUUUUGUCAAGCGCUCGACUUAGAUGAGCAUAGUUUGGGCGCAUCAUCCGGGGAACUGAAUCUCCGGACUGAGGCUGGGGAAAAUCCCGGGAAAAGGUGGAAGAGGCAGCUGGGGGGGAUAGAAACCAUCACAGCGAGAAGGGAAGAACCACUAGCAGGGUGACGGAUCGUGGUAGAAGCCGGACCUUCUGGAGAAAACACAUCCACUGAGUCGCUAUGAACCGGAAACGACUCGACGGCACUUAACGACAAGCGCUUACUAUGUGCCAGGCACUGUUCUAAACGCUAGGAUAGAGACACGCUCAUCAGGUUGGGCGGGUGGAGCACUUCCUUUUUGUGGUAUUUGUUCAGCGCUUACUAUGUGCCAGGCACUGCUCUAAGCGCUGGGGUAGACACGAGUUCAUCAGGUUGGACCCGGUCCCU